CCGGCAGCGCCGCCCCUGUUCUCGAGUUCGCCAAUCUCCACUUGCCGCACGCGACGCAAGCGCCCAAGCCACGAACCGCCUCCUGAUCGGAACCGCACAGCGGCCAGGGUACAGAGUUGCCGUCGCUUGAUCGGCGAUCGUAUCAGGUGGAGGGUAGCAAGAUUGGUGGAAUCGAUCUAGUUUUAAAGCCACAACUCGAAUUCAACUAUCGAAGGCAGCUAGGCAGGGGCUCGCUUUUGACCUCAUAUUGUCCAGCAGGCUGCCAUACAGAAGUGCAAGACUAACUAAGUGUAAAACAUGAAGAGUAAGAACACUACUGAUUUGAGAGCUUUCCUGGAAAGAGUUGCUACAAAAAGAAAACAACCUGAACCAACGAGUGCUACCCCAUCUCCCAAUGAAAGUCAGAUGCAGUUGGUAAUUUUCGAAGGGCAAAGUGGUAGUGAGACACACACAAUACCACCUGAACCUGAGAGAGCUCCUCACAUAGAGGCCCCAAUAGCAGAAGAUGAUGAUGAAUCUAUGGCCCUAGAUGAAUCUGAUUCUAGUGAUGAGGAUAGUGAUGAUGACAUUUAUAACAUCGAGCCUCAUCCUGGGUUGAGGGCUCCUAUCUCAAGCUAUGAUGUUAAUGACCAAGAUUCAGUUAGAAGGGCCUACAUUGCAUUGGGACGAUGUAAACCAAAGAUGCAGAAGAAAGAUUUUCCGCAACAUGAAUGCGGAGGUAAGCGUCGCUUCCAACCGGUUUGGUUUGAUGAGUAUAAGUGGCUUGAGUAUAGUGUGGAUAAAGAUGCUGCAUAUUGCUUUUUUUGCUAUUUGUUCAAAGAUAGUACUAAAUUUGCUGGUGGAGAUAGUUUUGUUGAUGGAGGGUUCAGAAAUUGGAAUAUGAAAGCGAGAUUUCGUAAGCAUGCUGGUGAGGUGAAUAGUGCUCAUUGUGAAGCCGAAGGGAAAUAUAAUUUGUUCAUCAAACCUAAAGCAUCAAUCCGUGUGGCCAUUUCCUCACAGACCACACAGUACAAGGCUGAGUAUCUAGCUCGAUUAAAAUGGUCACUUGAGUGCAUAAAAUUUAUUUUGCAUCAGGGGUUGGCUUUUCGUGGUCAUGAUGAGGGAAAGGAUUCUAAAAAUAAAGGAAAUUUCCGAGAACUUUUGCAAUGGCUGGCAGGAAACUUUGAAGAAGUUAAUAAGGUUGUUUUAGGAAAUGCUCCAUAGAAUUGUCAGAUGAUAGAUCACAAGAUUCAAAAACAGAUUAUUGGUUCUUGUGCUCAUGAAACAACAAAAUUUGUCAUAGAGGAACUUGGUGAUGAGUGUUUCGCAAUUCUUGCUGAUGAAUCUAGUGAUGCAUACCAACAAGAACAGUUAGCUCUUUGCUUGCGAUUUGUCAAUAAAAUGGGGGAGCCGGUUGAAAGGUUUC